UAUCAAGAAUGGAGAGCGAAGGAGGAGCAGGAGCAGCGGGUGAGGCAGCCAUUGUAGCUGUUUGAGCUAAGAAGAAGGCCGGAGACAGAGAGCGGAGUAACCGGAGGAAAUGGCGAGCGCAUCUCUCCUCAAGUCGUCCCCCGUGCUGGACAAGUCAGAGUUCUUGAAGGGGCAGUCCCUGCUGCGCUCCUCCACCGCCAGUUUCAGGGCGAACACCGCCUCCCCUUCCACGCUUGUCGUCCGCGCCGCUUCUUCCUACGCUGAUGAGCUCAUCAAGACCGCGAAAACCGUAGCGUCGCCUGGGCGCGGGAUACUGGCCAUGGACGAGUCGAACGCGACGUGCGGGAAGAGGCUGGCCUCCAUCGGGCUGGAGAACACGGAGGCCAACCGCCAGGCCUACCGCACUCUGCUCGUCUCCGCCCCUGGCCUCGGCCAGUACAUCUCUGGAGCCAUCCUCUUCGAGGAGACGCUUUACCAGUCCACCACCGAGGGCCAGAAGAUGGUCGACGUUCUCGUCUCCCAGAACAUCGUCCCCGGCAUCAAAGUCGACAAGGGUUUGGUGCCUCUUGCUGGCUCAAACGAUGAAUCAUGGUGCCAAGGUCUUGAUGGUCUGGCCUCUCGUUCUGCCGCAUACUAUCAGCAGGGUGCUCGCUUUGCCAAAUGGCGUACUGUUGUGAGCAUUCCAAAUGGACCAUCUGCCCUGGCUGUUAAGGAGGCUGCUUGGGGCCUUGCUCGUUAUGCUGCAAUCUCCCAAGACAAUGGUUUGGUUCCCAUUGUUGAGCCAGAGAUUCUGUUGGAUGGUGACCAUGGCAUUGACAGGACCUUUGAAGUGGCCAAGAAGGUUUGGGCAGAGGUCUUCUUCUAUUUGGCUGAGAACAAUGUCAUGUUUGAGGGUAUCCUCUUGAAGCCUAGCAUGGUCACCCCUGGUGCAGAGUGCAAGGACAAGGCGACCCCUGAGCAAGUUGCUGCUUACACCCUGAAACUCCUCCACAACCGCAUCCCCCCUGCUGUUCCAGGCAUUAUGUUCUUGUCUGGGGGACAAUCUGAAGUAGAGGCUACCCUCAACCUGAACGCCAUGAACCAGGGUCCCAACCCAUGGCAUGUGUCGUUCUCAUAUGCAAGAGCCCUCCAGAACACUUGCCUCAAAACAUGGGGUGGCAGACCAGAGAAUGUUAAGGCAGCACAGGAUGCACUUCUCCUGAGGGCCAAGGCCAACUCCCUUGCUCAGCUCGGAAAAUACACUGGUGAGGGAGAGUCAGAGGAAUCUAAGCAGGGCAUGUUUGUCAAGGGCUAUGUUUACUGAAGCAAAAUUCUAUGUUCUUAAGUCUACUGUUCCGUGGAGUAGCUUCUGCUGCUUGCUUUGGUGCAUGCAGCGUGUAUACAAUUGCCCUUUUCUUUGCGUUUCCAGCCUAGUGGGGACUAAAUACUCAUGUAGUCUGUUUUUUACUAUUAUUUGCUUAGUCCCUUCAUUUUUUUGCUUUA